AGAAGAUAAAAGGGAAAAAAUCAAUGGCGAAUCCUUGGUGGGUAGGGAAUGUUGCGAUCGGUGGAGUUGAGAGUCCAGUGACGUCGUCAGCUCCUUUGCACCACAGAAACAGUAACAACAACCCACCGACUAUGACCCGGUCGGAUCCAAGAUUGGACCAUGACUUCACCACCAACAACAGUGGAAGCCCUAAUACUCAGACUCAGAGUCAAGAAGAACAGAAUAGCCGAGACGAGCAACCAGCUGUUGAACCCGGAUCCGGAUCCGGGUCUACGGGUCGUCGUCCGAGAGGUAGACCUCCUGGUUCCAAGAACAAACCAAAGAGUCCAGUGGUUGUUACCAAAGAAAGCCCUAACUCUCUGCAGAGUCAUGUUCUUGAGAUUGCUACGGGUGCUGACGUGGCGGAAAGCUUAAACGCCUUUGCUCGUAGACGCGGCCGUGGUGUUUCUGUGCUGAGCGGUAGCGGUUUGGUUACUAAUGUUACUCUGCGUCAGCCUGCUGCAUCUGGUGGAGUUGUGAGCUUACGUGGUCAGUUUGAGAUCUUGUCUAUGUGUGGUGCUUUUCUUCCCACUUCUGGUUCUCCGGCUGCAGCUGCUGGGUUAACCAUUUACUUAGCUGGAGCUCAAGGUCAAGUUGUGGGAGGUGGGGUUGCUGGCCCGCUUAUCGCCUCUGGACCGGUUAUUGUGAUAGCUGCUACGUUUUGCAAUGCCACUUAUGAGAGAUUACCGAUUGAGGAAGAACAACAACAAGAGCAGCCGCUUCAACUAGAAGAUGGGAAGAAGCAGAAAGAGGAGAAUGAUGAUAACGAGAGUGGGAAUAAUGGAAACGAAGGAUCGAUGCAGCCACCGAUGUAUAAUAUGCCUCCUAAUUUUAUCCCAAAUGGUCAUCAAAUGGCUCAACACGACGUGUUUUGGGGUGCUCCUCCGCCUCGUGCUCCUCCUUCAUAUUGAUAGUUAGAUAGGCGGUGGUUGGUGCGUUCUUUUUGCUGGAAUGAUUAUAUUUCCCUUUAGGAUGGUUAGGCUUUUGUUUAUUAAGCUAUCAAGUUUCUUUUUACGGGUAAUUCAGAUGACAAUUAGCUAGUGUUUGUUUGUUUGUUUUGUGACGGCUAUUACUGGUUUUUCUGACUUGACUAUUUUGAUCACGGAUAGCUUUGUAUGAAGGUGAAUUGAUUGUAGAAUCCUCUUUGAUAAAGCAAUGGUUUGUGGCUUUUGCAAUGGAAGCAAUGGUUCCUUUCUUAGUGUUGGUAAGCUUGAUUCUUUUCCAAAUUUUGCUGUUUGUUAAUCAAUCCAUCUCAAUUGC